GUGGAUUUUGCAGUCAAAUGAUGGAACUUCUUAAACACUUGGGUCUUAUCCCUGAGAAAGACCCGACCGUCACGUCUACUAUGAAAAAGCUUAGAGGAUUAUUUGUGUGGUAUAUUUUGUUGAAUACUAUUAUAUUAUAUCAGGUUAUUUCUGUGGUGUGUUCGAUAUUAUGUUACUCAUUUCCUGAUGCUUCUAUCAAUUUUAGGCGAAAAGCUUGCACCAUGUUUUGGGAUGUGGGAAUCUACUUCACAAUUUUGAACGGGGUCAACUACAUCGUCACGGGAGACUUAAUUACCAGCGAAUCUGCUGUCUUUAUUUCAAACCAUAGUUCUUUAGUGGAUCACUUUGCCAUCAACUAUUUGUCCAGACACUCGUUUCUGAAAAAUAAGGAGUUAGAGGUCCCGGUAGUCAACUUCUUCACUUGGUUCUUGUUGUGGAAAGUCCCCAAUAUCAAUAUCUUGCGUAAUAUGGCCAAAUGUGAUGAGAACUGGGAGUUAGACCAUUCCUUAAACGAAGUCUUUUUUCUGAAAUUGUUUGCCAGUAAGAAAGUGGAAUGGUUGGUCUUGUUUCCUGAAGUGAACAUCUUCACAGCUGAGUCUUCAGCCCUUCAGAAAAUUCAGUGUGAAAAGUUCUAUUUGCCGUUGCUCAAGAACUUGUUGUAUCCACGGUUUUCCAGCCUUCAUAAUGUCGUCUCAACAGUCAAACAAUACAAUUACAAAUUCAAUCACUUGUAUGACUUGACCAUAUACUAUUACAAGAUCAACAAUUUCAAUGAGAAGGUCUACUUUUCGCCUAGCUUGUUGGAGAUUUUUGGCAGCGAUGAGCAUAUAUACAUUAACAUCGACGUGACUUUCAAGAACAUCACAAGGAUAUCUAAUAAUAGAGGCAAGUUGGAGAAAUGGUUGGAAAAGAGCUGGAUUGAAAAGGACCAUUUCUUGUCAAGUAUCUAUUCAUCUUGAAGUUGAAAAAUCGGAACUGCUUUGAUCUCAGAAGCUUGGUUAUUGUCUCUCUGGAUCUUAUAGAAGUAUUCACAAGAAUCAGCAUUAAUGUGACUCAAAAACUUCUGAUCAUGAGUGAUAAUGAUAAUCUGAAAAUUGUCCUGCUCCCUUCUCAGCUCCACGAUCCUAUUCAAAGAUUCGGCUAGAGAACGGGAAUUCUCUUCAUCCAAGUUGGUAGUAGGUUCAUCUAAAGUAAUCAUUCCACAGUGUGAACCAAAACACUCUGCAAGGGUUAAUCUUAUCAAUAUACUUGUGAGCACUCGCUGACCCGCAGAACACCUUCCUCUCAUAUCAAGCUCUACCUUUCC